GCCGUCCUCUACCACAUCACACAAACACCACGCACAACCCAGGCUGAGCCUUCCUUCAUAUCCUCAACUUGCACGCCCGAACAGCUCGCCCAGCAUGUCGUCCAUGCGCAACGCCGUCCAGCGCCGCAACCACAAGGAGCGCGCCCAGCCCGAAGAACGCAAGAAAUGGGGCCUGCUCGAGAAGCACAAAGACUACAGCCUCCGCGCCAAAGACUUUGCCAAGAAAAAGGCGCACAUCCGCCUGCUGCGCGAAAAGGCGGGCGCGCGCAACCCGGACGAGUUCUCGUUUGGGAUGGUGAAUGCGCGGUCAAAGGGCGGGGUCAAGCAGGCGGAUCGCGGGAAUCGGAGUAUGAGUCAUGAGGUGGUCAAGUUGUUGAAGACGCAGGAUCAGGGGUAUUUGCGGACGAUGCUGCAGAGUGUGCGGAAUGAGCGGCGGGAGUUGGAGGAGGGGUUGGUGUUGGGGGUGGAUGGGGUUGGGGCGUUGAAGAGUGCGGGGCUGAAGCAGGGGGGGCAUAUGGUUUUUGUGGAUGGGGUGGAGGAGCAGAGGGCGUUUGAUGCGGGGGAGUGGUUCGGUGUGGAGGAGGGGGAUGGGAUGAUGGGUAGGGUUUGGAAUCGGAGGAGGAAGGGGUCGACGGGUGUGGCUGCUGAGGAGAAGGAGGUGCUUGAGGAUGUUGAGGAUGGGGAUGGUGGUGGUGGGAUGAAGAGGAAGAAGUCGCAGAAAGUGCAAGACGCGGAGGCGCAAAAUGCCAAGGACGAGGCUGUGUGGCAGAGACGAAAGGCGAAGUGGCAAGACCAGCAGCUGAGGAAGCUCGAAGCCGUCAAGCAGAAAGAGGAAGACCUGGUGACGGCAGACCAGGAGUUGGAGCUCCAGCGCGCGAGGGCAAAUCACCAGAUUGGCGGCGUCAACAAGAAGGGCGUCAAGUUCAAGAUCGGCCAGCGUCGGCGGUGA